AUUAUGGGAUUACGGCCAGUGUCGGUGGUCAUGUGAGUUGCCGUGGUGGACACUGACCCCGCUUACCUUCUCUUAGUAAGGAAGCUUAGCCUGGCUGUGAAGAUGUCAGGCUUCUUUUUGCUGCAUGUUAUACAUGCACAGCUUAUCCAUGCCCUCACAAAUCCAGCAGGAUUCCUUGUUUUUUCUAUCUGGAAGAGUAACGAAUAAGAGAGAAAAAAGAGGAAUCAAGUAUUGCAGUGUCAGGAGCAGGAACCUGGAAGAUGUCCAGACUGUGAGGAGUAAAUACAGGAGCAACCUGGGCCUUGGGACAUGAUUGGCUGCGAGGGCCUGAACGGGUGACAGCCUGAGCGGUGGCCGCUCCAAUGGCGUGGACCGAGCCACGGUCGCGUCCAGACCCAAAGCCAGAGCCCAAAGUGACAUCAUAUAAUUUCAGGACUCACACUUUUUCUUCAACCUUUCAUCAAGUCCAACCUCUAGUUUUCUUGCCCCUCCUUCUCCUGCUCACUGCCUUCGCUGACCUGGGUCUUGCCGGUCCACCCCAGCCAGCUCGCCCCCCUCUCCUGUCUGGACAGCCUUUUAUCAUCUUCUGGGGCAUCCCUGACUCUUCCUGCUCUGGUCGGCCAGAUCUAAGAUCUUUCGGGAUGGAACCAGAGGGUCGUGUGGCCGUCUUUUAUGAGGACACACUGGGGAAAUACCCUUAUUUUAUAGACAAAGACACACCAGUCAAUGGGGGGCUACCACAGCACACACGGCUGGAUGACCAUCUCCGGAAGACACAGCAGGACUUGGAGGCAGCUUUACCUGCUCCGAGGUACCUCGGGCUGGGGGUGCUGCGCUGGGCCGAGUGGGUCCCCCAGUGGUCAAGGAACCGAGAAAAGCAAGCAAUGUAUCCAGGGGCAUCGAGAAAACUGAUGAAGACUUUCUUUCCUAACUGGACCCCGGAGGAGGUGGAGAAGUGGUCACAGGUGGACUUCGAGGCAGCAGCACAGUCAGUAAUGAUGGAGACUCUACGGGAGGUCAAAAGGUUAAGGCCCAAAGCAUUAUGGGGCGUCUCCCCUUUUCCCAGCUGCUACAACGGCAGUCCUGCCCAAACCAUGUUAGCCAAUUACACCGGCCAGUGCCCUGCUACGGAGCUGGCCCUUAACGACGAGCUUCUGUGGCUAUGGAAACGAUGCACCGCCCUCUACCCUCUCCUCACCCUGGAGAAGCGGCAGAGUGGGGCCCCUGGAGCCAGGCUUUAUUUGUCCAGUCAAAUCAGAGAAGCACUGCGAGUAUCAUCUCUGACUGGGACUGCGUUUGAUCUUCCUGUAUUCCCACUGGUCAAGAGUUUCUACACCUCAACUAACACUUUCCUGUCACAGGCAGACCUGGUCAGCACCAUAGGAGAGAGUGCUGCCAUGGGAACAGCCGGAGUUGUCAUCUGGGAGAGAAGUGAGACUAAGACGGAGAGAGAGUGUCAGGACUUGGCAGAGUUUGUCCGUAAGGUCCUGGGACCCUACUCCAUGAACGUAACCACGGCGACUCGACUCUGCUCAGCCUCUCUGUGCCAGGGAAAGGGUCGAUGCGUCCGUCAAAACCCAGACAGCUCCGCCUAUCUUCACCUCCCAGCGCCAUCCGAAGUGGUGGAGAAGGUGACGGAAAAGGCCGAGGCAGCAAAAGCUACAGAUCAGCCGGACACAAGCACUAAACCAGCUGAACCAGACCCAGCUGAGAUGUGGAAGAAGGACUUCCAGUGCCAGUGGUACAAGACCGCAGAUGGGGACGUCUCAGACCAGCAGUCCCCCAAAGACGGAGUCUCUGUUGGGGUUACCGUAAAAGAAAAUACUGGAGAUGUAAUGGAGACUACAAUUGCAUCUACUAUAGCUUCUACAACAACAACAACAACAACAACAACAACAACAACAGGUGCCUCUGUGACUGAGCUAAGUGAGACCAGUUCACCUAGUACUGGAAGUCAGACGCCUUUACUGGAAGUGACUGCAGACAGUGGGACAAAUCCACUGAGUGCCCCAGACCUGACUGUUCUGUUGUUGCUGCUGGCUGGAUGUCUGUGCCUCGAACCUUAAAAUGUGAACAAACCAGCCUUCACCUGGAAGGUCUGGGCUGUAACUCCAAUAUGAGCCCUUCUCAAGUGCCCUUGAGCAAGACACUGAAUCCCUGCUAGCAGCAGGUGUGCUGCUUUGUAGAGUAUCAUUUAAAAAAGAAAACAGUGUUCAGAGCUGGAACUCCAAGCCUAUCACUGAAUGUGCCAAGAGACAGUAGUGGUACGAACACUUGUCACUUUUUCCAAUUUCCACCAGCUGUGUUUAAACCUUUAAAGAGAAAGGAGAUGUGACACACUAGAUAGACUUACUGUCAUGUCGAAUAAACCAGACAGUCACGAUACGGUGAACACAGAAACAUGAAAGCAGUCUGUAAAACCUGCACUCAGGUUUUAUUCUAUUUGCACAUUUUGUUUAUACAUUUACCUGUCAGUCCUUUGUUAUAUGGAAAUUAAUUCAUACUUUUAAGGCCUAAUGUACCCAUUAAAUUCCAGAUAUGUUGGGCUAAAGGGUCGGUUCACCCAAAAAAGAAAACAAAACAAACAUAAAACUAUUUUUUCAGUAGUAAGUAGAGCCAAUGAAAACUGUUGACAGUGAGGUUUGUAGAUUAUCCAAAGUAAUGGGAAAAUCUUUUUUUGUUAAGAUAUGUUGUAAUUUUUCAAGUCUGUGAGAAAAAAAAUCCAUUCACCUUCAUUGUAUUGGGGCGGCAGCAGAAAUGUUGAAGGUAAAUAUAUUUAAACCAAAAACCGGGAAAAUACCAGAGAGAUAAGGAAGACCUUAAGUUUAUACGUAAUUUGUGUGAACCAGCCCUUUAAUCUGCUGAAAAGGGAUAGUUCUGAUAUUUUUUCCAAGUGGGAUUUUAUGACACACUUAUCCACAGUCAGUGUAUUACCCACACUUGAUGGCGGCCAGCACAGUUUGGAGAAGCAGGAAGGAGUACCGCCACGGAAGCCAAUCAGUGUACUGCUGUGGAUGAGUUCAGCAGCUAAUCGCACUUUGGCCACCUAAAACCAUUAAUAUCAGUUUCGGUGAGCACUAUAUUUUGUAUAUUUUUACAGAUUCACAGCCCUUACCAACAGGGAACUGAAGCUGUUGUAUUCAUCUUUGCUGUCUUCAACACUACCAGACUCCUUUGACAAAAAAAUUACCUUGAAGAACACAGUCGUUGCUGGUCUACCGCUGCCUCAAUCAGUUAUUUAGUGUAACUGUGUGACCCUUGGUGUUUUAAAGACUUAGUACAGAUUCACUGAAGUCACACAAUAACACAAACUCACUGAUCGGUAGGUCGACCAGCAACUCCUCUGUUCUGCGAGGUAAAAUUACUGUUUUUGUGGGCUUUGAAGGAAGCACAUAUAAGAGCUUCAGUUCCCCAUCAGAAAGGGCUGUCUGAGGGCAAAGUAAAGCUGUUAAAAUGUUCUAAAUAUAAUAUACACUUAAACUGAUGCUGAUAUUUGUUUAAGUGGUUAGAAUACGUUUUGCUGCUGCUUCUGUCCACAACAGUAAAUUGCUUAUCUAACCUUGCAGUACACUGUCUGCUUCUCCAAACCUGGGGCAUGCCAACCACCAGGAGAAUAAUACACUGACUCUAGAUAUGUACCUCAUACAACCACAUUUAAAAUGAAUUAGACCGAUCCAUUUUCAAGAGCUUUUAGUUUUUACUGAUUAGUUUUUCAGUUGUUAGUUUGAGUCAUAUUUAAAUGCAAUUUCAGACAAACGGAAUAUAUGUCAACUUUGGCCUUCAAAUGUUGCAUAUUGUCCGAAACAUCCAGGCUUUACACUGUGGCUCAUAACACAAAUAUUGUCUUCUAAAGGCCUAUCGGCUGAACUGCAUCCUCUGCCUGAGUUCUGUCAAAACCAUGCAAUAUUCAACACAGUCCUUUUUGAAAUGUCACAGUAGGAAAAGGCGUAAAUAAUAAAGUGAAUGAUGGUUGAAUUCCAUUUAGCUGCUUCAGUUCCUGGGUCCUGGUGUUGUGAAUGCUGGCUCAUUGUCACACUGUCACGGCUUAUUGGGACACUUGAAUAAAACGGAGCCAUUGUUAAUGUUAUUAGUAACACCUGUGCUCUUCCUGCUGCAACAAGUCAAAAUAUCUGCUGUGAAAAAUAACAACUGGUCUCACCAUCAUUCAAUUAAACCUCCUUCAACUAUUAUUGUGGUUACAAUGCCUGUCAUUAAUGCAGUA